GCAUCGAAGAUCGAAAUGGCGCUCUGCUGUCCCUCCCUGCCGUGCCCCUCAGUAUCACCAGAAGCCAUGAGGAAGCAACGUGCCCAUCUGCUUGAGCUCAUGUUGAUGAUGGCGGCAUUGCUGCUGCCAAAAGCAGCUCCUCAGGCGGUCGAAGAAGAGGAAGUCUCCGUGGACAAUGAAGUUAAUCUAGUUAUGACAACCAUCACCUCCGGAGUCAAUCAUAUUUCCACCAUUCUUGAGGAACGCGAGGAGUCCUGUGCAAAGAAACUGUCAGAACCCGUGGAGGAAAGCCUCGCCGAAAUAGAGCAUAUUGUAGAGGUGCAAUGGGAGAGGUUGACGGAGGCUGAGGGACAGAUGAAGGUCGUGGACGAUAAGAUGAGUGUAUUGCUCCGACACCGCGGCACCCUGCAACCCACCUCCACCUCUGAAGGUUGUGCAGAACCAUUCGAGGAGGCAGGUGGUGGGUGUUUUUGGCCUCACAAGAACCCUGGACUCAGCUGGGAGAGAGCAAGGAAGCGGUGCCAGCAGGCUGGGGGCGACCUGGCCACACCUGAAGACCUAACAGCCGUCAGGAACUACCUCAGACACAAGCUUGGCUCAGACUGGUGGUACCUCUGGUUGGGUGGACGUAUCACCGGGCCCAGGAGGUGGGCGUGGCUUGACAGCCCGGAAGGGGAGGAGCGAGAGGCCAGCGAGGAUGACUGGGCCAACACUGACCAAUCCGGUGACUGUGUGGCGUUGAACGGAGGCCGGGGCUACCGGGUCAUGAAGUGGGACUGUCAAGAUAAAAAUUGGUACCUCUGCGAGAAAAAGAUUUAGUGGAUGGUGAUAAACCCAAAAGAAAAAGAAAGAGAGAGAGAGAUAAAGAAAAAAAUAACGAUAUUCACUAGAAGAUCAACAUUAUUGAAUAUCGAGUGAGAGAGAUGAGAACAUGACCUUGCACCAUCUCUGCUAGAUAUUAGUUAAUGUCAAUUGUAAGGGAAGUCCCUCGUCCUAUGAACCUGUGAGUGUUCUAGUAAGAGAUGUAAGCUUAUACCCUGAAAUAUUCUGACAAAACAAACAGCACCUUCUGGUGUUCGUUCCUUUCCAUCAACACGCCGUUAAAUCAUUGUGUGCCAAACCUCUCUCUACCAGCUUCAUCUCUGAGAACCCUCUCCAUCCAGCCCUCUUCCUGCCAGCUCUCUCCUUUCUGUAACCUGGAUGCUCUAGUGUAAUGUUUUUUUGUAUAACUCAUGUAUAAUUCAUUACUUUUGUAGUUUUCCCUUUGUUUGUACGUGUAUAAUUUACCUAUUAUAUGUAAAUAAAAUAUAUUUCUGAGAUGAA